CCCAGGUUUAAGGCCACCUCUCGGAACCGAGCAAGGAGGAAGAGUGAGAGGUCACCAUGUCCCCUGGGAGCCGAGAACAAACCCACAGCCCGGGGGCCCUGGCGCCCCUUGUCUCCAGACCCCUGCUCCUGCUCCUGCUCCUCGCGGCUUCCAGCCCACACGCUGACGCCUGCAUCAUAGUCCCCUCGGAAAAUGGCACGUCUGUCACCUGCCAUCCCCCUGCCCAGGUGCCCCGUUCGCUGCCAGCCGACACCAUCCACCUGGUGGUGGAGUUCUUCAACCUCACGCAGCUGCCCGCGGGCGUCCUGCAGGGUGUCCCCGGCCUCCGGGACCUGCAUCUCUCCAGCAACCGGCUGGAGAACCUCUCAGCGACGCUCCUGCUGCAGGUGCCUCGGCUCCAGGUGCUGGAUCUCACGCGCAACGCUCUGGCCCGGCUGCCCGCCGGGCUCUUCCGGCACUCCGCCAACCUCCACACACUGGUGCUGAAGGAGAACUGGCUGGUGGCCCUGGAAGGCUCGUGGCUGCAGGACCUGGGUGGCCUGGAGCAUCUGGACGUGUCUGGGAACCAGCUCCGGGCGCUGCCCCCCGCGCUGCUGGCCAACCUCACCAGGCUGCGAGUCCUGGACCUGAGCGCUAACCAGCUGGACGCCCUGCCCACGGACCUCCUCCGGGGCCCCAAGCGUCUGGAGCGUUUGCAUCUCGAGGGCAACCGUCUGCGGGCGCUGGGCGCGGAGCUGCUGACCCCGCAGCCGGACCUGCGCCUCCUCUUCCUGGGGGAUAAUGAGCUGAGUGAGGUGGCGGCCGGUGCCUUCCGCAGCUUGCGGCGGCUGGACAUGCUGGACCUGUCCAACAACUCGCUGAGCCGCGUGCCCGAGGGUCUCUGGGCCUCCCUUGGGCAGCCCGGCCGGGACAUGGAGGACGGCUUUGACCUCUCCAGGAACCCCUGGUUCUGUGACCAGGCCCUGCGCGACCUCUCUGUCUGGCUGCUGGCCAAUCAGGAGAAGAUGUUCUCUCGCGAUGACACCCGCUGUGCGGAGCCUGUGGCCCUCCGGGGCCAGUCACUGCUGGCGGUGGCCCAGGCUCUCUGAAGGCGGGGGUGGGGUGCUGCGGAACCCCACUUUGCAAACGUGGACACGGUCCCCACUUUCCAAGGCUGGGGACCCUUUCUGCAUGACCAACCUCUUCUACUCUUCUAGAUGAGCCUUUUCCUGUGUUUCCAGAUCCCUCUGUGGGGGAACCCUCAAUCGGACCCCCCCAUAAUUACACACACACACACACACACACACACACACAGCAGAUGGGCUUUGCUAGGUCCUCCUGCCUGAGUCUGACCGGCUUUUUCUGUUUUGUUUUGUUUCUUCUUUUUGGGUCACACCUGGGGAUGCACAGGGGUUAUUCCUGGCUCUGCACUCAGGAAUUACCCCUGGGCGGUGCUCAGGGGACCCAUAUGGGAUUCUGGGAAUCGAACCCAGGUCGGCCGCGUGCAAGGCAAACGCCCUACCCGCUGUGCUAUUGUUCCAGCCCCCGACGGGCUUUUUCUGAAUGCAAGUUCCGGGAUGGAGUCCCCUCUCUGCGAGACAUCCCUUGGGGCUUGAGGGUCA